UUUUUGCAGUGAUCCAACCCAAGCAUUGAACACCCUCCUUUGACUGCUUACAUUGCACACUUCUCUUUCUCUCUCUAAAAUUACAUUUCAUUUUGAAAAAUUAAUUAAUUAUAAGUAAUAAAUAACCAAAAGGUGAAAAGGGUGUUCUUGUGGCUCAUCUCCUCACCCUCUACCUUACCCAAAAACAGUUCUUUUCUUUCCUUUCACUCUUUUUAAACAAGAAAAGUUGUAUAAAAAUCAAACCUUUUUUUUUUGUUUUGGUUUAUUUAUAAAAUGCAUAUUUGAUGCUUCUUUAGUACUCAAACUUCUUGCCAUUUCUCAUAUAUAUCGAACUACUGUUGUAACAUUAGACAAAAAAAUAAAAACAAAAACGAAAAUGAGUGCUUCAAAGUUCAUUAAAUGUGUUACUGUUGGAGAUGGGGCUGUUGGAAAAACAUGUAUGCUCAUUUGUUACACUAGUAACAAGUUUCCUACUGAUUACAUUCCAACUGUGUUUGAUAAUUUUAGUGCUAAUGUGUCUGUUGAUGGAAGCAUUGUCAACUUGGGACUCUGGGAUACUGCUGGUCAGGAAGAUUAUAGCAGGUUAAGGCCGUUGAGUUAUAGGGGUGCAGACAUAUUUGUGUUGGCUUUUUCUUUGAUCAGCAGGGCAAGUUAUGAGAAUGUCCUUAAGAAGUGGAUGCCUGAACUUCGUCGGUUUGCACCCAAUGUUCCAAUUGUUCUUGUUGGAACUAAGCUAGAUCUUAGGGACGAAAGAGGGUAUGCUGAUCCUACUGGUUCAAAUAACAUAACUCCUGCUCAAGGAGAAGAAUUGCGGAAGCAAAUUGGUGCUGCAGCUUAUAUAGAGUGCAGUUCUAAAACUCAGCAGAAUGUCAAAGCUGUUUUUGAUACUGCAAUCAAAGUCGUUCUUCAGCCUCCAAGGAGAAAAGAAGCUCCUAGGAAGAAGAAAUGCAGAAAGUCUGGUUGUUCAUUUGUGAGCAUCAUGUGUGGAGGGUGCUGCGUUGCCUAGUUGGCGUGUUUGGACUAGGAUGAGAAGGAGACUCACCACUUACUUUAUGUGGACAAGCAAUGCCAUUGUUGCUGAAUUUCCCAAACUUAGGCAGCAGCUAGUGUAUGCAAUCUACUAUGUGAGUUUGUGGAUUGAGUUUGCGCGAUCUGUUGUAUGUAUGUGUUAUAUUUUUCGGAAUUAGAAGCUAACUGCAAAGUAUUUUGAGGGAAUUGUUCAUUCUCUCUUAGCUUCUCGGCCCUAUUUAGCUCAUAUUUAGCUUCUCAGUUAUUAUGUUAGAGCAACUUUGCAAGUUUCAGGGGAUUUAUAAUGUAUUAUUUCUGACUUCAUAAGCUUAUUCCUCUCUUUGGUCUA